AGGAUGCUACAUCAACAGCAGGUACUUGUCUUUGGAAUAUCACUAGCUAGUGGUUUAUGUGCAUUCAGAAGCUAUUACUAAGAAGCCCAAGUCUCUAUCUAUCACUCCUGCACCCUUAAAGCUAUUACACCUGUGCCAGAGCACACAAUGAAGCUUUUAUUAAGUUUCAACUAUGUCAGACAAGUGACUGCAACCUCUUUUCCACUGCUGGAGCACUUGUUGGGAAUUGGAAUGCAGCAUGUCUAUCCUCUUACCAUAGGAAAAGGAGCUUUCAGGAACCUGCCAAACCUUGCUGUCUUAGACUUGGGGUUCAGUAGGAUUCUUGAACUGGAUCUUGAUUUUUUUGUGGGCUUGCCAAGUCUGACUGUACUCUGCCCAUUUCAGAACCAGUAAGUUCAAGACUUGAGCUCGUUAGACGAAUUGGAUCUUUCAGGGAAUGAAAUCACAAAACUUCAGCCUCAUUCCUUAUUUUAUAAUCUAACAUUCUUGAAAAUUGUGAACCUGAAAUUCAGUAAGAUUUUCAACUUGUGUGUAAAUUCUAAUAAUUUGUACAAGACAGAUUAA